UGAUCAGGAGACAGGAGCCGACAAACAAAGAAAAAAAGGAAAAGACGAGGCGAGCGAGGGAAGGGAAGGGAGGGAGGAGCCCACCCGCCCGCAGAGAAUCACCAGUUCACACAGGAGGAGACGACAAGACCAAAGCGAGGAAACAUCGACACCCGAGCGAGCCUUCGUUCGCUCUAGGAAGCGCACGUGAGGAAGAGGUCCAAGCGAGGAGGAAGGGCGCCAGGCCAGGCCCGAGGAGAUGUUAAGUGGCAACAAAGCGGACGGAUGAAACAAAAAGACCAGAAGCGAUUGCCGAAAGACGACCGCCACGCGCUUGUGACCUGAGGCCAACAAACCUGACCACAAUUGUUGUGCGGCCCUGAAGAUUUUUGUGGCGUUUAUACCAUCUGGACGGAAGACGCCAAGAGUGCCGCGUACGGAGGCCGACGCGGAGCGCGUGACAUGAAGGAGCGGAAGGUCCUCUUUCAGUGAGACGGACGGAGCCAUGCGGGCCCCGGUUCGGCCCUCCUGGGGUCUGGCUUUGGUUCUUCUGGGCCUGGCUCCGCAGCUGCCCUGCUGGCGGUCCCGCAAGGAGGGCUGCCUACGUGCGGCCGACCUCCUGACCUGCGCGGGGCUGGGCCUGGAGCGGAUACCGGCCGAGGCACCGGAUGAUGCCGCCACCCUUGACCUGAGCCACAACCGGCUGCCGGCUCUGCGGACGGGCGCCUUCUGGGGCCCGCCGCGUCUGCGCGUACUGCGCCUGGCGCACAACCGGCUGACGGUGGUGGAGCCGGGUGCCUUCCAAAACUCCUCCGGGGAGUUGCUGCGACACUUGGACCUUUCGUCCAACAAGCUAAGGGCUGUGGAGGCCGCCGCCUUUCAGGACCUGCCGGGCCUGGAGGAGCUCCUGCUCUUCGACAACCUCCUGGCCGAGGUGGAGGGCGAGGGCCUGGCGGGGCUAAGCGCGCUGCGCCGCCUCUACCUGGGCCACAACCGGCUGACUGACUUUCCCUUCCGGUCCAUCCAGGGGCACUCCGAGCUGGUCUUGCUGGAUCUUUCGUGGAACCGGCUCCCCCGGCUGCCCCUGGAGGACCUGAGUGGCCUCUCGGUCGGACUGCAGCAGGGCCUGUACCUUCACGGCAACCCGCUAGUGUGCGACUGCGCCGCCUACCGAAUGUUCCGCCUCUGGGAGCUGCGAGGCUAUGCGGCGGUGAGCGACUUCCGCCGGGAUUACACCUGCCUGAUGUACGGGAUAAGCGGCGCAGCGGCGCGUUUCCUCCCAGAUUUUCCACAACCGUGCGACGCCCCGGUCAGGCUGGAGGUGGACGCGGGACGCCCCGCGUUGCUCCACUGCACCACAGCGCUAAGCGGCGAACACGUCACCUUCUUCUGGGUCUCCCCUAAGCUGGAGUACGUGGCGCCGCCCGGCAACGGCGGCUCGCUGAAGGCUUUCGCCAAUGGGAGUCUGGAGAUCUCUCUGGCCCAGGCAGAGGAUUCCGGGCUCUACCUCUGCGUGGCCCUGGACGCGACCGGGCGGCGCAACGAGACGCGAGAGGUGGAGGUGACGGUGAGAGUCCCGCACACGGGGGCUGAGCACGAAUCCUUCAACACCGGCUACACCACCCUGCUGGGUUGCGUGGUCAGCCUUGUCCUGGUACUCAUGUAUUUGUAUCUGACGCCCUGCCGCCGCACCCCCCGCAGCGAAGGGGCCUCCGCCCGGGUCGAAUCAGAAGGCGCUGUUUCUUCCACCAACAAACACGUGGUCUUUCUGGAGCCGGCGGAAGAACGGCGGAACGGGCGGCUCGGUUCGCGGAAAAAGCUCCCGGACGAGCCCCCGAAGCAGCUGUAGCCGCUCCUUCCAGCGAUUCCACUUUGCCCGGAAUGUGACUUUUUGGCAUCGCGAAGACGGACGACCCGCCCGAGGGUCCAGGUCCUCACGUUCGCAAGUAAACCUUUAAAGCUUGUGUGUAACUUUAACAAAGUUUGCCGCUGAAACGGCGGGUUUCCCAUUAGUGCCGCUAAGAAUAGCCGCUUUUUUGAUUGCGGAAGAAGCACGAUGAUAUGAAUAAAACAUGGCGAGCACUUUGUCUGCGAAUGUUUUUGCUGUACUGACUGCAUCGUUUCUGCGCUACUUCCACUUACUCACUUGCUCGCUCUGUGUGCCUAAUAAAGCACGCCUAAGCAACAGCUCAUCUCAUUCUUUCACCAGCUUAGCUUAACACACGGAUCCGUAAGGAGCGCGAACCCAAAUAUUUCGAUCACGUAAAACUGCUAUGUUGCAGCAUAACGACAAAUGACAGAAAAGACUCCCUUCUUCUAGCAGAGAAAACAAAUGAUUCUCCAGGUUUCGGUUCUUUGUUAAGAAGAAGUAAAAGUUUCACUGAUUUGCGCCACUUCUAACUCUGUCAGUGCCGUUGACGAUAAUAGUAGUCGAAUCGUCCUUCUGCUGUGAAUUCUAAUGAGUUUGUCACUAGUAGACAUCCAUUUGAAGUGCGUUCAUUUGCUGCCUACCUUCCCACAUCAAAAGGAUUGGAGGUGAAUAGCAGAUGGCUUUGACAUUGAUAAAAUAAUCUUUAAAAAUCACUAGUUAUGACUUAAUUUAAAUGUCAAUCCAUUGAUCGAUGGGAAAUGUUGCCCCUACCAACAUGGACGGCCUAAAACCAUUUUGGUAGAGUCUUUCAUCCUUCUGCUGUGAAUUUCAAUGAGUUUAACACUAGUAGACUUCCAAUUCAUUUGAAGCAGGAGGAAAGUGGCAGCGAAUAAACGUUCCUUCAUUCGCUGCCAGCCCUCCUGCUUCAAAUGGAUUGGACGAAUAGCGCCAUCAAUGGCAGCCAAUGAGUUUUUAAAAAAAUAAUUUGUUCUUCCUCUGGCCAAGACGUACCCUCCCUCCCACUAAUUAGUUUAUCACUAAGUAGACUUGCAACCCAGCCGUUAAUGACAGCCAAUGAGCUAACAAAAAUGGAGAAAAUAAGCAUUUUGUGAGCGCAAACAUUUUAGGCAGAAGAGUGAUUUUGAGCUUUGUUGACACCUGAACAGUGCUUCCUUCCAUUUCAUUUAGAAAAUAAUAAUCUUGUAUAUUGGUACCUCUACAUAGUUAGUUAGUUAAUUCGUUCCAGGACCUUGUUUGUAAGUCAAAAUGGUCGAAUGUGGAGCAGAAUUUUCCCAUAAGAAUACAUUAUAAUUCCAUUAAUUCGUUCCAUAGACCGAAAACCUACACUAAAUCUUUAAUAAAUACUGCUGGUACUAUUAAAAAUGGCAAUUGCACAUUGCAAAACAAAAAAAAUAAAAAUAAAAUUUCGGAAUAAUAAUAUAAUCAUACUAAUAAUUCCUGUAAUAAUGUAACGAAUCGGUUUCUAAUGUGGUGGAUGUUUAUUGCUGUACCUGAACGCACCGCGUGGCUGACAUGACAAAGAGAGGGAGCAGUGCGGUUGAGAGUUUACUUUCACUUCUAAUGUUUUGUUGAGAACACCGUCAACUGUGGCGGACAGUAGGCGCGUUGUGUUGGACAAGUUCUGAAAUAAAUGAUAAAAACCUGACGAAGCUGGCGAUUUCUUUGGCGAUGUUACCACAAUAAUUAUUGUCACCUUGACUUAUCAAGACUGGCGAACGAUGGUCGGAGAAGGACCAUGGGGAUCGUGGACAUUCUACAGCUGUUUUGUUGAGCCAGUUCACAGAUGCGUACCCCACGCUCACAUGUUUCUAUCAUUUGCGUCUCCAUUUCAAUGUUAAGCUUCACCUUUUACUUCGUUUCACCACCUGUACCAAUCUUUGUUAAACCUGUGUUGAUUUCUCACAAGAAAAUCCGCCAUGCGUCUGUCACAGUGCUGUUACGUCGUCGUAUUUCAAGCAAGUCAUUGGAUGUAGAAACAAAUGGCGAAUCAAUUUUACGUCGCAUGUCGAAAAGAUCGUGUGUCGAAGUGAUCGUAUGUUGAGGUAACACUGUUUAAUUAAACCUGGAGACCAUAUUUUGACUCCCCAAAGUCCUGAUGGGACGGUUAACUCUUUGGCUGCCGUUGACAGCAUUAGACGUCCAGUCUGUUUUGAGUGUGAUGGGUCAGAAGUGACCCACAGAUUCACACCCCUUCUAUUUUUGAUUGGCAAAGGGUGGCGGAAAUUGUUCCGAAAGGGACCGACGAAAUGCGAUCAGGCCACAUGCUGAAAAAGGAUCCGGCCGCACGGCAAAAAUCAAUCGUCGGAUGGAGCCGACUGCGGUGACGAACGGGCGGGCGCUUCCCGGCACAAGUGAGCGCUUUUGAUGACCGCAAACCAGAUGACAAAACUAGCAGUGUACGAUCAUGUUUCGCUGCUAUUAAAGAGGGAGCUGCGCCCAGCGUCUAUCACUGUUCGCUGCAGGAAAGCCAGCUCACACUAAUAUUAGUGCUACCGCGUGAAGACCGAGCGCUGACUCGGAGUGCAGCCGGAUCAAUAAAGCGGCUCCGGUCGCACAUCCCGAGCUUGAUGGACUUCGAUCAGUCCAAAGUGAAACGUGUAAUGGACGUUCAGCGUUAAAACACAGCCAUGAAAAGCAACGCAAUAACACUGAAUGACUACGCAGCAUUUCCAAAGGUGAUCGAAUUAAAAAAAAAUAAAAUAAAAAAUACAGCACUAUUUGCAGCGGCCGUGAAGGAAUGCUUUGCAACAUUUCUCUGCAACGGAUAUCAGGAAUGCCCAAUGAGUUCUCACCGAGCUCCAAAUGACAACAUCGUUAUUGUAUAAGAUUUGUCCCCCCCCCCCCACUGGACUGGUUAAUAUCGUGAUCGCGUAAGUAGGAAUACAACAGCUGUAUUAGGGUGAAUUUCAACCAUUUUUGUGAUGCUGCUGCAGUCAGGGUUUGUACACCUUUUUCAUGGCCAGUGCAAUCAUUUUUAAGGACUUUCAAGACUAAUUUUCAGCAGUGAGCAUUUUGUGGCAAACUGAGCCCAUCAAAUAGCCGAGGUACUGGCGUAGCGAUAGCAUAUCGUUUGGCGGACACGUAAGUCACGGCCGAGGAAACCUUGAUAAAUGAGCCUUCUUGAAGUUUGGGACAUACACAAAAAAUGGCUCUCACUCUUCCAAUUACUAAGCUAAAUGAUAUCUCGAUACACGUUUAUGUGGAACUGUAGUUCACAACAACAAACUAUUCUAUUCACGCCAGAACUAAUACAAUUCUUUACAAGGCUACUACAAUCUUUUACUCCUUAAAGUGAUCCUCUGAUUUAAAUACAUGUAGGCUCUAAUAAACCACAAUUGUUCUCUUGUACAAAAAUAUGUUGUUAGAAACACAUAAAAUGUUAAAUCAAUGGCUAUAUUUUAUAAUAUUUAGUCCAUAUUUUGACCGUUAAUUGGCGCCAUGGUUUGCGGGCUCGCAGUGAUGACGUAAUUGGUAUCUUUCCGAAUGUGUAGCGUGUUCAACAAUUGCUUAUUGCUGCCUAAACUUGCGAAGUAAAAUGCCACGAUGUGCUGCUUUUGGAUGCAAUUUCCAGUCAAAUGGAAAAAAGGGGAGUGAAGUGAGUGAUCAAGGUGGAAUUAUUAUUUUUAGUGAAUAAAUGUGCAUAAGUGGAAGAUUCUCCCCCUUUUUGGUCCCUGUAUGCAUGUAUCCUACCCACCACGCGUUACAACUGGCACCCGAACAUUUUUCCUGGAUCCUCAGUCAAGUUAGGCUCCCAUCGCGUCUGCAAUAAUGGUUUUGGAUCUGUCCAUUUAUUUUUAUUCGUCGGUCCCACAGCGGCUUUUCAGAUCAGUCUAUUUUGUGGAGUCGACGGCCUAAUCGCGGCUGCGAUAUUGCCAUGGGAUCGGUCUAAUUCCUGGAUCUUCGAGUGAGUAAAAAACGUGGAUUUGGAUUAGUAUUGCUAUCUUUUUUGUUGAAUAUUCUUCGUGGGAGUUUUCCCCAAAUCAUACUAAAUAAUUAAAGCACUAUGACACGCUACAGUGACGACAGUGACUCUGACGUGGACCUUACAACAAUGUUGGAGUUCGUCAGGGAAUGCGUGUUUGCGUACUGCUGAGCUCCCGAGUGAAGAGUGGUCAAGGUGGAAAUAUUAUUUUUUGUAAAUAAAUGUGCAUAAGUGGAAGCUUCUCCCCUUUCUGGUACUUUUAUACACGUAUCCUAGCUACCACGCGUUACAAUGUACAAGACCUGGAUUACACAAGGUGUCCUCUUUGGCCUGUACUGUAUGUAAAGCACACGACAGCUCUGGAUGCUAACAAUCUACAUAAUUAUAUUGGGAAAAUGUUUGAAAAUGCAAUAUGCUUACCUUGAAUAUCUGCUAAUAAAACCGGAGUUCCCGAAUCCCAACAGCAUGCACUCUCGCUCCCAACCGGAGUUACCAACAGGACUCUCUUGCAUCACCAGUUUUGCCCAACUUUUGUCUUAUCAGGUAUUUGCUGCACGCAUUUUUCCCUGAAACUCGUCUUGUGAACAACCAACAGUGCUGUCCUGCUCUUCACUUUUCAGAUAUGGUUCAAAUAGGAAGGGUAGAACUGACGACAUGUUGGGAAAGAUAACGAGUGACAAGCUGGAAUUUCGGCAUUCGGGGCCAGUGACGUCACGCACUGCGACGUAACAAGAAUGGCAACCUAUCACUUAAAAUAAUUUUACAAACUUUAUUAAAACAAAAACAUUAAGAGGGGUUUUAAUAUCAAAUUAUUAUAACUCAUACUAACAUUUAUGUUUUAAGAAUUACUUGUCUUAAAAAUAGAGGAUCCCUUUAAAAUAAGUGGCUGUUUUCUUGUGCAACAAUGGAAGUGGAUCGACAGUCGAAAAAAGAGGAACUGGUCGUGCAAAAACCACAGCAAAUGCACAUGUAGCAUUUAAAUACUACUCUAUUUGUAUAGUGUUCGUGUGAUUAAAAUACGUAAUUACUCAAAUACAUCGUACUCUUGGUAGCGACGAUGUGACACGGGACAUUGAGGGAAAGCAACUUCAGAAUGAGCAUGUAGUAGCGAUAAAGUAAAUUUAUUAUAUUUUCCUCGCCCAUGGCGGCGGGUGUGCUCGCUGCCACCGGUCGGAGCCCGGCGGCGUUAAUUAUUUAUAUUUUUACACAGGGAGAAAUAUUGUGUGCGACAUCGAAAUCCAAGCAUUUUUGAGGAUUUCAAGGACCCAUACAGAUGCUUCCCGAUACCCAAUUGUGACACUCAGCUGUGUGUGGAAUGUUGCCGAUACUUUACCAAUGCUAUACUUUUAAUAUAUACAGUCAUGUGAAAAAAUUAGGACACCUUAUGGAAGCCUGUGUGUUUUCCAACAUGUUUGGUCAUAUGGAUAUUUAAUAUCAAAUUCUACAAUCUUGAGAGAUUCAAGUAAUAGAACUAUAUAAUUAAAACUGACUUUUUUUUUUUCUUUUUUUUUUACUUUCUGUAAAACGUUAUUUUUAAUAAAUGCAAUUUCUGUUGAGGAAUAAAUUAGGACACUCCCCACAUUCAAUCCCACUUAAAAUGGCUAAAAUGACACACAGGGGUAUUAUAUCAAGUGCACAUGAUUAGAACAUCAUUACCCAGUGUUUUGAAGGAGGUUUACCUUAUUUAAACCUCACAUUUAGUUUGGUGGCCCCUGACUGUUGAAGUGAGAGAAAACACCAUGGUGAGAUCAAAGGAGCUGUCUGAGGCCUUCAGAUAGAAGAUUGUAGACGCUUAUGAGUCUGGUUAAGGGAUUUCAAAAGAUCUCAAAAGAAUAUAAAAUCAACCAUUCCACUGUCCAGAAAAUAGUCUACAAGUGGAGGACAUUCGAAACAACCGCCAACAUGCCCAGGUCUGGCCGUCAAAGCAAGUUCACCCCGAGAGCAGACCGCAAGAAGCUAAAAGAAGUCUCCACAGAACCUAAAAUGUCAUCACGGGACCUAAAGCCGGCUCUUGCUAUUGUUGAUGUGAAAGUGCAUGCCUCAACAAUUAUAAAGAGACAUCACAAGUUUAACCUUCAUGGGAGGUGUGCAAGGAAGAAACCCUUGCUCUCCAAGAAUAACAUGAAUCCCAGACUUAAGUUUGCCAGAGUGAAUGUACUGUAGACAAAGACCAGGACUUUUGGAAUAAGGUUCUUUGGACAGAUGAAUCUAAACUUGAAUUAUUUGGACACCAGAAUAGAGGACAUGUUUGCCGUAAACCUAAUACAGCAUUCCAUGAAAAGAACCUCAUACCCAACCAUGAAGCAUGGAGGUGGAAGUGUCAUGGUUUGGGGAUGCUUUGCUACAGCAGGACCUGACCACCUCACCAUCAUAGAAUCCACCGUGAAUUUUAUCGUGUAUCAGAGGGUGUUUGAGGAACAUGUGAGAUCAUCCGUGAAAAAAUUAAACCUGAAGCGAAACUGCAUCCCGCCAUAUGGCAAUGUCCCAAAACAUAACAGUAAAUCUACCAAGGACUGACUGAAAAGGAAGAAAUGGAGAGUCCUGGAAUGGCCCAGUCAAAGCCCAAAUCUUUAAUCCCAUUGAGAUGCUGUGAGGUGACUUGAAACGGGCUGCACAUGCAAAAAAAAACCUCAAACAUCUCACAACUGAAAGCAUUCUGCGUGGAGGACUGGGGAGUGGAGCAAACUUUCUUCAGACCAAUGUCAAAGACUGGUAGAUGACUACAAAAAGCGUCUCACUGAAGUUAUUUCAGCCAAAGGGGAUAACACUUGCUAUUAGGUGGUAAGGUGUCCUAACUUUUUCCACAGUUAGAAUAUGUGUUUUUGUUGAUAUAUUUGGUUUCAUGAGUAAAACAAUUUUAAUUUUUGUUGUUUACCUGCAAUUGAAUCACUUUCUUUUCAAGGGAUAAAGAAAAACAAGAUCAGACAUUGAUAUGUGAACAUUUCUUAAUAAAGUACUGAAUAUCUAAUGGGGUGUCCUAAUUUUUUCACAUGACUAUAUUUAUAUUUCUAAUACUAAAUGACUGCAUACUCACUUGAAUGUUAAGUAAUUACCAUCGCGGCUUGGUCAGACACUGCUUAACUCAUUGGCUGCCAUUGAUGGCGCUAGACGUUCAUUCAUUCACUGUAAUCGCUCCCACCUUAAACCGCUUGGACAUCUACUAGUGAUAAACUCAUUUCAAUUCAUGGCAAAAGUAUCAAAAGACCUUUCAUCACCCCUACCAAAAAAGCCUCGCGCGGCCAUGUAGGGAACAGGGAAAUAAAUGGUAAUUCGCUGCCAAACCUCCCACAUCAAAUGGAUUGGAUGUCUAUGAGUGAAACUAAAAGGUGGGAGGAUGCAUCUAGGCCAGAGUACUUCCAACGUCCUGCUUCAAAUGGAUUGGACGUCUACUUGUGGUAGACUCAUUUCAGUUGAUGGCAGAAGCAGGAAAAGACGUUUCAUCGAUCCUACCGAUAUGGCUUAAGGGCGGCCAUGCUGGUAGGGUAAACGAACAUUCAUUCGCUCCCUUCUAGGGAUUCCUUCUUCCGCCCAUCAAUUAUUCUUUAAUUCAUUGGCCGCCAAUGACAGCGCAAGACAUCCAAUCUAUUUAAAGUGUCAGGCCUGGCAGCGAAAGGACGUUCAUUCACUGCCACUCUCAUAAUUCAAAUGGAUUGGACGUCUGCUGGUGAUAAACCCAUGUAAAUUCACAGCAAAGGGAUAAGUGAACGCCAUGUGACCGAAAGAGUUAAUUGCUAAUGAUGCUUAUGUCUCUAAAGUCAGCUACAAAACAGUCACCCUGGAUGGAACUCCGACAGCACGUAAGUGCUAGCCUCGACAUCGGCAAAUGACUUUUGAACUCUGGCGAAGCGGCACCGGAAGAGCCCAACUCACCCGUGUCGGUCACCGUCGACAAGAAGUCUGACGAGGAUGCCGGUGACGGCCACCAGGAUGGGGUAGUGGUCCACGCUCUCCAGACCUGGCGAGCGAGGAAGACGUCAACACGCGUCAGCCGGUGCAGCGAAAUGUGCGGCCGUACCUGGCAGGCGCAAGUUGACCACGCGGUCAAAGAGGUUCUUCUCUGCCGUGGCCCG